AAUCAACAGUCUUUCCUCACAAUACUGUGCUCUGUCAAGCCUUCUCUACAUUAUGAACGACGAAAGGAAAUCGAAAUAUGCGCUCCACGAAGCUUGCCGUGAAGGACAUGGCCAACCCCAAGCUUGACACCCUACGAGAUGAAGAUGACCGCCUCCCUCUCCACUGGGCUGUUUCCUACAACCACCUACCGAUCGUCACGAUGCUCGUACAGCGCAAGAACUUCGAUGUGGAUGCACAGGACGGCUCAGGCUGGACAGCGCUCAUGAUGGCCACGAGCCGCAAAGACGCAGAAACAAUCGUAGAUCUUUUGCUCAAGAAAGAUGCGGACGUCAACAUGAAGACCAACAACGGCCAAACCGCGCUCCAUUUCGCCGCCUCCAAAAAUAACCUCGACGUCGCCCGCACUCUCAUCUCCCACAAAGCCUCCGCGCGAGUAAAAGACAAGCGAGGCCAGCUAGCCCUCCACCGCGCCGCUGCUGCGGGAUCAGUGCCGAUGAUGAAGCUGCUGCUGGACGCGAAGAGCCCGCUAAAUGCCACAGAUAUGGAUGGCAUGACUGCGCUGCAUCAUGCUAUAUCAGAAGGCCACGGCGACGCGGCACUGCUCCUCUUGCAGGCGGGCGCUGAGACGGACAAGAAAGACAUGGAUGGGCAUACGGCUAUUGAGCUGGUGCCUGAUGCGAAAACCAGAAAGUUCAUUCUCCAAGCCGCAGAGCGGGAAGGCAUAGAUCUUGAAUAGCUAAUCUUACAGAAUCGCUUCCUUCGAAGUGAUCAGGGGGUCGGGAAUAGAGAGAACCAAGAAGCGAACACCCACUAACAAAUAACCAGCUAACACUGUGCUAUCCCAAAAAAUGCCCUGUAGCAAAUAUA